GCGCCGGGGUGUGGGCGCGGCGCAGCGCCGGCCGCGUGGGGACGCGGGAGUGCGGGCUUCUGGGCGAGCCGCGCGGCGCGGGAGCACGCUGGCCGCCUGAGCUCGGCGCGGAGCCCGGGGCCCGGAGCCGCCGCCACCCGCCCCUGGGCGCGCCCCGCCAUGGAGCCCUCGCACAAAGACGCCGAGACGGCGGCGGCGGCGGCGGCGGCGGACCCCCGCGCGGCGUCCUCGUCCAGCGGGGUGGUGGUGCAGGUCCGCGAGAAGAAGGGCCCCCUGCGCGCCGCCAUCCCCUACAUGCCCUUCCCCGUGGCCGUCAUCUGCCUCUUCCUCAACACCUUCGUGCCGGGACUGGGGACGUUCGUCUCGGCCUUCGCCGUCCUCUGCGGAGCCCGCACCGACCUCCCGGACAGGCACGUGUGCUGCGUCUUCUGGCUGAACAUCGCGGCGGCCCUCAUCCAGACCCUCACGGCCAUCGUCAUGGUGGGCUGGAUCAUGAGCAUCUUCUGGGGCAUGGACAUGGUCAUCCUCGCCAUUUCCCAAGGCUACAAGGAGCAGGGCAUCCCACAGCAGCUGUGAGCCCGAAGGAGCCGCCAAGAACUCCGGGGUGGUCCGUGAGGGCCGCACCAGGCAGCGGCGGGCACAAGGACCCUUACGUCUUCUCUUCUGCCGUGUCCUGGGUUUGGAGCGCCAAGUGGGGGCGAUUUAGAAAGAUAUUUAUUUCGAAAACACGUCUGCUUUUCUUGGUAGGGUGUGAGGCUGCCCACCCCUCCCCCUGCUCCAGAAAGACGCGGGAGCCCCGAGCAUCUCAAGCGGGGUAGGGAGUGGGGUCAGGGUUGCUGACAGCGAAGCUGGCAUCCUGGGCUCACCCCUGCCUCGCACGGCUCCCUGGGUCCCCCUAAGCGUCUCCUGGCCCUGCCUCUCCCUUCUGCAGCCCACGCUUCGCCCACUCCCUUCCUCACGCCUGAAAUCUCUGGGCCCGGUUGUGUUUCGAUCUUUGCUUCCCUGGAAGGAGGCCAGUGACCCCCACCCCCCCCCCCCAGACCAGAAUCCCCAACGAAGGCCAGAAGCUUUCUCGUGACACUUAACUCUGCUUCUGGCCCGCGGCCCUCCGGAAAUCCUCGGGGCUGGACGGGUCUCGGAAUUCCAAAAACCCGGAUCCGAGAAAGAACGAGAGACAUUUACCGCCCGUUUCCUGCUGCCCAGUCGGGACCAGCUCCCUGCCGUCAAGCACAGGACCGUUUCUGCGGAGAGACGUGUGAACAGUCGGGCCGAUUGGGAUCAAUAAAAACGCCAAAUAGCGUCACCUUGUUGGUUCAGGUCAGAUUUGGGCCUCAGGAAGCGACGGAAGGAAACCCAGCAUUCGAGAGCGUUCGGGGAUGUAGAGCGGCAAAAAAACCCGUAGGAGUUGUGCCCUUCUCUCCGGAAACCCCUCUUGCGCAUGAGUCCCCGGGGACGUUGCUGUCGUGACGGGGGUUCCUCCCACUGCAAAGGGACAGUCGGGGCCUUUGCGGCACCUGCGUAAAGAUUGUGAGUUGGAUCCUGGAGGGGGAGGGGGGCAGGAGCUCACGGAAGUUGUUUGGGCCACUGCGGGUCGAGUGUUGAUCUGAGGUUAAGAGAAAGGAGAUCCAAGGUCAUGUGACAGGUGGACAUCUGCAUGCCCGUUUUCGUCUCGCAGAAAUUGCUAAACCGUGGGUCUGGCUCCAAGCUGUUUGCGAACCUGGGGCUCCCCGUGGAGAAGUGGAACCCCCCACCCCCCCGGACGCAGCCCCUACCCACCACCCCCAGCCCCGAGUCGGAGGCGGCCCGAUCCGGCCCCUCUGCCAGCCGCUUGGCUUUGACCAACGCCUGGUCCUCUCCCGUGGCCGCCCGGGGCCGGCCUGCACUUCCUAAACCCCUGGCUGUGUCCGUCUUCCUGUCCUUUCCCCCCCGACCCAGCCAGGCCUCUCUGCUGCUGCUUCCGUGUUUGCGAUCCUGUGUGUUUUCAACGCGUGGGACCAGGCUUGGUUUUCUGCAGAAAGGCAGAACCUUCCGGUGGGUGAAGACGGCAUCGUCUGGGCCAGGAAGAGACCAGGAGGCUGCUGGGAGCAGAGGAUCUUGCCUUCCGGCCGCGGAGGGGCAGAGAAGAAAGAGCAGUCUCCGUGGCAUGUUUAGUGGCAGUCCAGACACAGGUGGGGUUUUCCUGGGUGACAAGUGUCACCUUGAGCCCGGUGGGGGCGGCCUACUACAGGGUUCGGUGGGCUCGGAAGGCCCAUUCCCCUGGGCACCCCCGCCUCCGAGGCUCCCCUCCGCCGACACCUGCUUCCGAACCGGACAGUCCGUGAGGAUCGCCUCACCGGGGAGCAGCCCACUGUGGCCUGAGUGUCACCGUCCCCUGAUGGUGAUGGCCAGUGGCCAGUGGUCUCCAAGGAGUCAGAGGUGGCCGCUCGGGCUGUUGGAAGUUCAGCCGAUUCAUUAAACGGCAGCCAGCUGCAAAGUAGGGUUCCCGUGAGCAAGUGACGCAGCACAGGGCGAUGGCCCCGAGGUCCCGGGCUCACCCCAGGUGCGGCCUCUCGGUGCUCACGCUUCUGCAGGAUGCCCCCCAGCCGCGGGUGUCUGGGGCAGGGACCUCAGGCACACAGAGAAGGCCGCAGCACACGGGAUACACCCAGGACCCUGCGGUGGCCCUCGGACCUGAGCGGCAGUUCCUGGGGCAAGAAGGAGCCACCGGGACCCGGGGACGUCCCGUGCAUGGUGGAGACUGUUCAGUUCCGAGUCCGCGGUAGAGCCGAGGACCUCCGGCCGGGAGGCCCAGGCCCCGUGGGAGCGGUGGGGGACGGGGGAUGUCGGGCCCCGGUCCCUGCACCCUUCUGGCCGCUGUGGGGCGGGGGCCACGGUGGGGCCGACACGCUCGAGCCGCCCCUCUGCCCCUGCUUCAGAAGCGGCACCCUGGCCUUGGAGCCCGUCCCCGGCUGCACUUGAGGGGGCGUAAAGAAGGGACCAGGAGCAAGAUGCCUUCCCUGCGUGGCCCCAGAGCCGUGUGUCAGCCCCGACGACGGGGGAGCUGCCCGGUCCUAACACGGAGGACCAGGCCCCCGCCGUCCCCGCCUGGGGGCUCCGGGCGCUCUGACCACCACUCCCAGAGGCAGGGCCGUGACUUCAGCUUCAUGCGGACGCCCCGAGGGCCGAGGAGCAGCGGGCAGGACACGUAGAGACAGUGGUGGAAGCCACACGGUCACCAUUCGCCCGGGAAGAACAGGGACCCAGGCGUCAGAAGGAAAAUCCCAACACUGAGCCCUGAGGCCAGCGCAAGGGGGGGCUGAGUCCCCAGGAGGAGAGAAGGCCUUCUGGAGGCCUGGGGCUCUCCAGGGGGAAGGCUGUCCCUUUUGCCACAGCUCAGCUCUUAAAAAGGCAAAAGGAAGUCUCAGAUGCUUUCUUCCCGAACCCCCAUCUCUGCACAGAGGGGUGAGUUUGCGAGGGUUACUUUGGUUUUGCCUGGAUCCUGCGCCCCGGGCCCCUCCGGCUGCCACGACAUUCGCUGUCUUCACCCCGUUGGUGGCAUUGGCAGAGAAAGCCCGUGUGUGUCGCGUCAACCGCUUAGGGACCCGGAACUUAGACCCAAGCCCCCCAGGUGGUGGCCGCAGACCUUGUUCAGCGUAUUUAUUACUCCCGCUUGCUGGUUGGUUCGGAGGGCUUUCCUCAGAGGGACCGCAGGUGGGUCCCAGCUGCACUGUGACCCUCCCUGGAGACCGUGACUUUGCACUUUGCACGUGCGGGAGCCGUCUGGAGCCGCUGCUGACCGCGAACCUGCCCCGGGGCUGAGCAGAGACGGGCUUCCUUCUUCUCAACGGUCCCCCCUGUGCUGGCGGCAGGCGGUUCUCGAAGGUGGGGCUCCCUGCCCUGCGUUUGUAUCCAGAGAGCACUCCGUGGACGCUGGUGUGGACUGACGGGGGUCUCCUGGCGCCCUGGCCGCCACGCCAUGCCCUUCCCGCCCUCAGGGGGAACAGCAAAGUGAGUGGAGGCAGGAGGGGCGCCUCUCCCCGCGGAGGGCGCCGUGUGUGUGUCGGGAUGGGGAGGAGGCCAGGCAGUGGGAAGGGAGGCCAGGAGCGGCCUGAGCAGGUGGGCGAUGUUCGGGCUCCCGUGUUCUUCACCCGCCGGGCUCCUAGGGCUUCAGAACGCUCACGGGGUCGCGGGCGUGCAAGCCACGUGGGACCCUCCCUGUGGUGAUGCGUGGGGCACUUCGGGGGUGACUUCCAGCUUCCGUGCCGUUCGUCUCUCCUCCCGGCUCGUGCCUCCGUUUGACCAUCUGUAGGCUGGGGACAAGGGGGGGCUGGGCAGCCAACGCCGGUCGGUCCCUUUUCUCUCCAAGCCAAGGGCCUGGAGGACGACGAGUCCAGCCCGGGCGACCCUCGAUUCCACGGUCCCGUCCCGAUCCUGUCACAGCGGGAGGCAGAGGACAGGGUCGCACGAGUACGGGCCCUGUUUCCAGUACAGCUUGUCUCUCUCCUCGGCUUUGGUCCCCGGCCCCUCCCUUCCUGCCUGGAUUUGCCAAAAUGCCAGCCACCCGCAGUCCAGCCCGGGCCACUGUCACCGUAGGUGAGGCGCACAGACACAUGCACGCUCUGUCACACACGCGUGCAACACCCCACGCACACACACGUGUGCUCACAGCCCCUUUGGCUGCUGGGUGAGGACGGGACUGUCUGGGGACUUAGGACUGGGUGUUUCACGUCCGCAGAGGGGCCUCUCACACCCCCCGGGAGCCGUUCCCUCCGGCGUGGCUCUGGCGGGCGCAGCUCCCCUUUAUCAUCUGCAGGGCCCUUGGGCCUGGAGCUCUUCCUCCGGGGGACCCUUGGCUCAAUACCCCCACCCACCAAACCCAGCUGUGCUCGUCCCCCACGCCUGGCUUGUGGGAGGGACAGCGUGGGUCUGCCCAGAGCGGCGGGGACCGUGAUCCCUUUCUGGGCCCUUCUGGGGCUAGACGGUCCUCUCCUCAGGCUCCUUUUCCCACAACCCUCGCACCGGCCCCAGGACGGGACGCAGCGGGGAGAGAAGGGGACGGAGGUCAGGCCCACCCUGCCUUCUGGGUCAGCGCCUGGCUGGGCGUCCCCACCGGGGAGCAGGCGAUGGUGGCCGUAACUGGCCCGGGCACCCCGUGGGAGCACUUGGCUGGCCCUCUGCCGAGCGAUAGGCCUGUCGUAGCUGGUGCCAAACUUUUUUAAACAACAUACAUAAACACAAGCCUGGGUGUGUGCAUAUUAGCCGAAUUUAUAUUUGGACGAGUGUUGUGUUGAGACUUGGAGUUUUUGACCCGUGAUUGACUGUUUGGGUCUCUCUUCCUUCUGUUAAGCGAAUCCCUGUACGUUUCCGUGGUUCUCUGGCAAGACCCGCUGCCCGGUCUCCCAGGGCUCUUUCUACUCCUGCCUAGACCCACAGCGGCUUCACCCCACCCGCGGCCACUUCCCUGGGGGUCCUACGAGCCUGCCAAGGGGGUUUUCCGGCGCAUUCCGUGGACGGGAGCCUUCCUCGGUUCUACGAGAGGGAGAAAGUCUCAGGUUGGGGACCUGGGGAAGCUUCCAGACUUGCAGCCUGGGGCCCAGGCCUGCAGCUUUGCCUUCCCAGUGUCCUCAGGACGGAGCCCCCGGCAGGCCCGCCCGCCACUGCCCGGGGCCCCUCUGCUGCCCGGGGCCCCGCGCCCCUCGAGGCGCCGAGCAGGGCCCCGACUUCCCCAGCGCCCCGCCAGCUUCAGAAGUCACAGCCCAAACGCCAUGCCGUAUACGUCAUGGCAGACAGCGUGCAUGACGCUAGGAACCUGUAUACAUAGCCCCGUGUACAUAUUUAUAUAUUCCUAUUAUAAAUACACAAAGCAUGGCAAUCUUUUGGCAUUCCAAAUCUGUGUUUUUUUAAAUCCUGGAAAUACAACUUUAGACACCUUUUCUUCCUGUUUCUCUUUUCUAUGUAAUAAACGUUCACGUGACCUUUCUGGUGGCUUCUCAA